AUGAAGUUCCAACCCGCGACAGUCCUAACCCUCCUCCUCCCCGCCCUAGCCAUUCCAGCGCCAGCCCCUGAACCUGAGCCCGAGAACCCUAUACCUAUCCCAGAACUCACCGACAGCAAAAGUGAAGCCCAAGACAUCCGCCCAGCAGCUCUAGGCCUCGAGAAACGCGCCACCGUCAGCUGCAAGAUCGUCAACACCGAUUCGGCCUCUGUGAACUGUCGCUAUAAGCCCAGUCUGACUUCCUCGGUUAUCGCCCGUUUACCGAAAGGCUCGACGCACUCCUUCUAUUGCUAUAAGAAGGGCGACUGCUAUAAUAGUAACUGUACCUGGGAUCAGAUGUUUUACAAAGAGCAAAUCUGCUAUGUCAAUGGUUAUUACACCGAUAGCAAAUGCUCUGCUAACGUCCUGGGACUUUGCUAG